UCCUCCAAAUGCACUGUACAGUGUUAUAGAUUGUUUCUAGAAACCUUCCAGAAUGCUAGGGUUAUGAUUCAGACUAUACUAACAAUAUUGUAAUCCACAAUGUAGUGGAUGGUUAUGAUAGUAUAAGACAUUCAUUAUACAACUUAAGAAAUCUAUGUUUGAAUUGAAUGAAUGGGAUGGUCAGAAAUACCAGAGGAAAGGAUAGAUUCAUAAAGGUUAGUCUGAUAAUCCUCUGACAGUAAAUUGGCCCCUGGUCUAAUUAAGACAGUAGAAGGGAGAAAAGUGAAAUCAUUCCACUCUCAAGAUGAAAAAUAUCAAGUACUGUAACCAAAACUUUUAAGUUUUUAUCCAGUAAUACUGGUUUGAUAAUGCAGUUUAUAAUUAUACUUAUCCAGCCUUUUGCUAACCACAUUUACUAACAGUAAAAACCAGACCUGCUUUAGAUAAUGAAGUUCAAUGUCACCUGGCCUGCCGUGUUGUGAUAGUCUGGUUCAAAGUGUUACUUGCCCUGCCCAUUAGUAUGUGUACUGUAUGACAAACAUAAUUUCUGUCCCAUUUAAAUGCAUAACUUUCACUAUCAUGCUUCAAGGGGAGAGGAAUGCACAAAAUAUUCUUUUCAUUCACGUGGGCCUCACUCUGUGUUGACUCACUCUUGUUUUAGAAAUACUACUACAUUCUGUUCUAGUUUUCCAGAGCUCCUUAAUCUUCUUCCAGGUUCUUAAUGAUGUAGUCAAUAAUAGGAUUGUUGGUAUUAAUUUGGAACAAUAAUGCCAGCAGCAUGCUUGAUGGCUAUUGGCAGAGGGUGACCUUGCAGGUCAGCUAAGCAGUUCUGCAAGCGCUUUGAUCUGAUCUAUACAGAGCGGGAGCUGUCUAUUCUAACAAAGGAAACUAGUAAGGUCUCUCUCCAUGGGAUGCUGAUUCUUCUCCAAAGAGCACUGAGGACAGCAUGGCAGUGGCUUUUGAUGCAAUGUUGGCUCGGGUCAAGGAUGUUUGUAAAAGAAAUGGUUUGCUCAUUCUGUCAGUAUUGUCUGUCAUAGUGGGAUGUCUUCUUGGAUUCUUCCUCAGGACCAGGCGUCUUUCUCAGCAGGAAAUUAGUUAUUUCCAAUUCCCCGGGGAGUUAUUGAUGCGGAUGCUGAAAAUGUUGAUUCUACCACUGGUUGUCUCAAGCUUAAUGUCUGGGUUAGCAGCCUUGGAUGCCAAAACUUCAAGUCGAUUAGGUAUCAUAACCAUCACUUACUAUCUGUGGACAACAUUUGUGGCUGUGGUUGUGGGAAUAAUUAUGGUCUCCAUUAUCCAUCCUGGUGGAGCAGCCCAGAAGGAGAACACUGAAGAAAGUGGAAAGCCAAUUAUGAGCUCUGCAGAUGCACUGCUAGACUUAAUUCGGAACAUGUUUCCAGCCAAUCUUGUUGAAGCCACAUUCAAACAGUAUCGUACCAAGAGCAUUCCUAUCAUCAAAUCCAACAAGGCAGCUUCUGAAAGUGCCACUCGUCGGAUCAUAAUAUACGGGGUCCAGGAUGAGAAUGGAUCUAAUGUCCAGAAUUUUGCUCUGGAUAUCACUCCCCCUCCAGAAGUGAUUUACAAAUCUGAGCCAGGCACCAGUGAUGGCAUGAAUGUGCUGGGGAUUGUGAUAUUCUCUGCUACUAUGGGUUUAAUGUUGGGCAGAAUGGGUAACAGUGGAGUUCCCUUGGUCAGUUUUUGCCAGUGUUUAAAUGAAUCUGUCAUGAAGAUAGUGGCAAUUUCUGUGUGGUAUUUCCCUUUUGGAAUAGUGUUUCUUAUUGCUGGCAAGAUCUUGGAAAUGGAUGACCCUACAGCUAUUGGGAAGAAGCUGGGCUUUUAUGCCAUUACUGUGGUUUGUGGUCUGGUGGUUCAUGGACUGUUCAUUCUGCCAAUGAUGUACUUCUUUAUCACCAAGAAGAAUCCCAUUGUUUUCAUCAGAGGGAUUCUUCAAGCCUUGCUAAUUGCUCUGGCCACAUCAUCCAGCUCAGCCACACUGCCUAUAACUUUCAAGUGCUUGCUGGAGAAUAACCAUGUUGACAGAAGGAUUGCCAGAUUUGUGCUGCCUGUUGGGGCCACAAUCAAUAUGGACGGGACUGCCCUAUAUGAAGCAGUAGCAGCAAUCUUUAUUGCUCAAGUAAACAAUUAUGAGUUGGAUUUUGGACAGAUCAUUACUAUCAGUAUCACAGCGACAGCUGCCAGCAUAGGUGCGGCAGGGAUCCCACAAGCUGGCCUUGUGACUAUGGUCAUUGUUCUGACUUCAGUUGGGCUGCCUACAGAUGACAUCACUUUAAUUAUUGCAGUUGACUGGGCACUAGACAGAUUUAGAACAAUGAUCAACGUCUUAGGAGAUGCUCUAGCUGCUGGAAUCAUGGCUCAUGUCUGCAGAAAAGAGUUCACCAAGGAUGGUGAUGAGGUACCAUUGAUCUGUGAAACUAAACCCAUCAGCAUUCAUCAAAUCAUGGCCUACCAGAGAAAUGGCUGUGUGAAGAACAUGAGUGAGUCUCAUGGCCCAGAAACAGUGAAAGAGUUUCAGCACCAUAUACCUAUACAAGUGGAGCAAGAACUAAACACAGCCGAGAACCACACAAAGAAAUCAAUCAGUAAAGACCACUGCACUAUUGAAAUCAAUGAACUGGAAACAAAUGUGUAAUUGCUACCUAUGAUGGUAUCUUAUCAGAUACCUAGUGGCUUGGUACCCAAUCACUACCUCACAGCUGGAAGGAGGACUCUGUCUCGAAUAGAAAAAAAAUGUGGCAUUAUGGUCAGCAUGCUUGUACUGGAGCUAGGAGACCAGCUGUGAUCAGAAAAGACACAAGACUUGAAAGAGAUAGAGGACUGUGUUGGGGGGAUGAUUUUAAUACUCAGAAAUUAACCAAUGGACAACUUUGGUUCUCUCUGGGCAAACUGAUUUGGUUACUGUAUAGUAUCCAACACUCUUUUGUUGCUUUUCUCAUUUUAACCCCUUCUAUUUCUGACAAAAGCCUUUUUUCGCAUCUUACUGAUUACAAACAUGAUAUUUAUAUAGGUGUAUUGCGACCAGAAACUGAUUCACAAAGCAUACUGAAAGUGUACUAAUUUUGUCUUCAUUUCUCCUCUUUAAGUGUAAACUCUUUGUUUAGUUUUAGAAUAGCACUAAGAAAUUUGCACUGAUUUAAAGAGGCAAUUUUUAUAAUUAAUAAUGCUACAAACUGAAAGCAAAACAAAAUAUUUAUCUUUUCAGGAAAGACAUAUUCUAUUAUACACACUACAAAGACAGACAUCAAACUGCAAUGUAUUGUACAAAGAUGUCUAGAUUCCUCCACAGGAAAAUUUGCCUUUUAAGUGCCAGAUUCACACAGAGUUUUUUUUAAAUCUCUCUCUGUUGUAGAAUUAGUACAAUAUACCUGCAGUGGCAGAACCUUGCAAGCCCACUGGUGCUAAAGAGUGUUCACUGUUCUCUCCUUUUGUUUAUAGACUGUUCUAAUGUGUAUAUGUGUGUAAACUCAGUGCUCAAUGUUCUUGAUGAAUAUGCUUCAUUCCAAGGGCAGACUAAACGCAGACUGGAAUCCAAUGCAGAUGAGUAAUAUUUGGGUUUUUGUAGGGAGUUUGCUGUGGAAACUGGCUUUUUAUUUUUCAUUAUAUUAUGAGUUGGACUAUACUGUUGUCUCUUUUUUCAGCCAUCUACUGAAUCGUCAGUUAUAAUAAAAUCUGCUGGGUGUGUUAACAGUGUUUGCAAUGAAGAACAUUUUUAAAUAAACCUGACAUUGUGAAAAUAGGCUAUCUGUGCACUGCUAGAAUGAAUGUAUUAUUAUUUCUCUAUUCAAAGCGAGGGGCGAAGGAUUGGUGGAAGCAUAUAAAACCAGGUAGGUACAAAGAUC